UGACGUCAGCGAGAUCGGAGGGAAGCGCUGGUUUCCGGGCUGGUGGGGGGUUGCUGCGGGUCCUGGGGUGGCAUGGAGCGGCCCCCGGUGGGCGCGGCGCUGCGGGGACAGCCCGGAGGCAGCUGCGGCCCCUGGGAAAUGCGGGAGCGGCUGGGAACUGGCGGCUUCGGCAACGUCUGUCUGUACCAGCAUCAGGAUUUAGGUGAUAAGAUAGCUAUUAAAUCUUGUCGACUGGAACUAAGCAUGAAAAACCAAGACCGGUGGUGCCAUGAAAUCCAGAUCAUGAAGAAGUUAAACAAUCCCUAUGUAGUAAAGGCCUGUGAUGUUCCAGAGGAGAUGAACUUCCUAGUUAAUGAUGUCCCUCUUCUUGCAAUGGAGUACUGUUCAGGAGGUGAUCUCAGGAAGUUGUUAAACAAACCAGAAAAUUGCUGUGGACUUAAGGAAAGUCAAAUACUUUCUCUGCUUUGCGACAUUGGGUCUGGUAUCCAGUAUUUGCAUGAAAACAGAAUUAUACACAGAGAUCUAAAGCCUGAAAAUAUUGUGCUGCAGGAUGAUGGUGGAAAGAUAAUUCACAAAAUAAUAGACUUGGGAUAUGCCAAGGAUCUGGAUCAGGGAAGUUUAUGUACAUCAUUUGUUGGGACCUUACAAUAUUUGGCCCCAGAACUCUUUGAGAGUAAGUCCUACACUGUUACUGUAGAUUAUUGGAGCUUUGGAACAAUGGUGUUUGAGUGUAUUGCAGGAUUUAGACCCUUUUUACACAAUCUACAGCCAUUUACCUGGCAUGAAAAAAUCAAGAAAAAGGAUCCAAAGCACAUCUUUGCUUUUGAAGAGAUGACUGGGGAGGUUCGGUUUAGUACCCAUUUGCCACAGCCGAACAGUCUUUGUAGUAUAAUUGUAGAACCAAUGGAGCGUUGGUUACAACUGAUGCUGAAUUGGGAUCCACAGCAGAGGGGUGGAGGUAUAGACACAGAAACUAAUCGACCGAGAUGUUUCCUGUUAAUGGAUGACAUACUGAAUUUGAAGAUAGUACACAUCCUAAAUAUGACUUCUGCCAAGAUUGUUUCUUUUCUCUUGCAUCCUGAGGAAAGUCUUCAUUCACUUCAGUCUCGCAUUGAGCUUGAUACUGGAAUAAGUACUGGAAAUCAAGAGUUGCUUUUGGAGAUGGGAAUUUCCCUGGACCCUCGGAAACCUGCUUCCCAAUGUGUUAUUGAUGGUGUGAGAGGCUGGGACAGUUACAUGGUUUAUUUGUUCGAUAAAAGCAAAAUUGUGUAUGAAGGACCCUUUGCUUCCAGAAGUCUGUCUGACUGUGUAAAUUACAUUGUACAGGACAGCAAAAUCCAGUUGCCAAUUUCACAGCUGCGUAAAGUGUGGGCAGAAGCCGUGCACUAUGUGACUGGGCUAAAAGAAGAUUACAGCCGGCUAUUCCAAGGGCAGAGAGCUGCAAUGUUGAGUCUUCUUCGAUAUAACGCCAAUUUAACCAAGAUGAAAAACAAUAUGGUGUCCGCAUCUCAGCAACUGAAAGCAAAGCUGGAAUUCUUUCAUCAGAGCAUUCAUCUUGAUCUGGAGAGAUACAGUGACCAGAUGGCUUAUGGAAUAUCCUCAGAAAAGAUGCUCAAAGCCUGGAAGGAAAUGGAAGUAAAGGCUAUCCAGUGUGCUGAGGCUGGAGAUAUUGGAUACCUAGACGAACAGAUUAUGGCUCUGCACACAGAGAUUGUGGAACUGCAGAGGAGUCCAUAUGCAAGGCGCCAGGGAGAUGUCAUGGAGAGUCUUGAACAAAAAGCCAUAGAACUAUACAAGCAAUUAAAACCAAGACCUCCAGAUCACGCCUACAGUGACAGCACUGACAUGGUGAAGAUUAUCGUGCAGACUGUGCAGAGUCAGGAUCGAGUUCUCAAGGAGCUCUUUGGACACCUUAGCAAGCUGUUAGGCUGUAAGCAGAAGAUUAUUGAUUUGCUUCCAAAGAUUGAAGUGGCUCUGAAUAACAUCAAGGAGGCUGACAGCUCGGUGAUGCAGAUGCAGGGAAAAAGGCAGAGGGAGAUCUGGCAUUUGCUGAAAAUUGCUUGUACUCAGAGUUCUGCUCGAUCUCUUGUGAGUUCCAGCAUCGAAAGUGCAGCCACCUCUUCAACUGCUACAUGGCUCCCUCCAAACUCCUCUGGCAACAUACCCCAUCCCCUCUCUUCUAUGGCAGCUCCUAGAGAUGGGGAAGUUUUUGCCCAUGUGAUAGAAGAGAAUCUGAAUUAUCUGGACCGCUUUAGCACUAUCAUUCAAGAGGCGAAACAGGAGCAGAACAGCAGCAUGAUGAGUCUUGAUUGGAGUUGGCUGAAAUAAUUAAGGAAGACAAGCGGGCAUUGUUGCCAUCCCCAAUAUGUCCAUGUGCUCAAGGUUGGCUGACAGUCUGCGAUGAGAUGAAACAGACCAGUAUCAAUGUUAUGGAGUUGAUUCCACACACUGCUGAUUCAGGACUGAAUAAUCUUCUCUCCCACUGCAUCUGGAUGACAGUUAGUCCUGCAAGAGGCAUUUUGUGUUUUGUAGAUGUUAGCGGACUUGAUUAUAAAGUACAUGGGCAGCAACAGAGACCCUGCCUUGUAUGUUUUGCUGCUAGAGGCAAAUGUUUUCCAACCUGCUGCCUCAUGUCAGGGCUUUUAAAUCCAUAUUGAGCUACCUAAAGAAGUAGCCUGAUUUUCAGAGAUGCUGAGUGAUCCUGGCUCCCACUACAUCCCUGAGCACUGCAGAUGCUCAGCACACUUGAAAAUUAUACCCUUUAUAUUUAGAAGCUUUUUAGGCACCUGGGUUGGUUUGAAAAUGUUUGCGAUGGCCAGUCUUUCUAGCAGUAUGACCUGUUCAUGCAGUCAGUGCCUGGCAGGCACUGCUAGGGGAGGCAGCUGUUUCUCUGAUGAGCUGAGAUUAGGGCACUAUUUGAGAUGUUCUGUCUAUGGAGAACCUCUCCCGGAAGGAGAUACUCUGCCUCAGCAUUUGGCGUUAAUUUGUUUGGUGCUAGAGCAGCUGAGAGCUCUAGGGGAAGCAGAGCGGGCAGAUACCAGGGAGGUGUUCUCCUCAUUUCUUCUGAGUAGGAAGAAGGCAGGGAGUAUCUUCUAGGUUCAGACAGAUCUCUGCCUUAAGUGGACAAGAUGCACAGUACAGACUACAGUAGUAUCUGCAGUGUUCUGCUGGGGUGCUGGGCUACUUCACCCUCUUCUCCUGAGGCAGGCAUCUCACAUUCAAAAUCCCUAUAACAUUUUGUAUCCUGUUGCAAAAUGACAUAUUACUUAUGUUAUCUUGCACCCCAACCCCCAAAAAUCCCAACCAUCUGAGCCUUGGUCUGGGGAAUACCAUUUCUGAUGGAUGAAAGAAAAACACUACAGCCAUGGCUUUCCACCUGUGCUGUGCAUUCUUGUCCACUGAGAAGCAGUUUUGACAGAUGUUUCUUACUGAUUAGGAAAUGCUCCCCAAUUCCAAACAGACAGAAUUUUAUAUCCACUGGCUACUUAAAAUAUUUAAGAAUUCUAUUUGUUAAUUUGUGAUAAAUAUUAUAUUAUGUAGAA